AUCUCCUCCUCUGAUUGGCCAAUGUCUGGAGGUCAGGACAGCGCAUCCAUUGGCCGUAGCCUAGCAAAGCAGGGCGGGAUAGAAGCGGAUUGGCUAAUCUUUGUAUUUUCCCGAUCUGAUACAGGAAGUGUCCGGGUGACGUGCGGUGAAGGUGAAGUAGCUGCGAUCGCUCUAAAGCGGGGAUGUCACUAAGUCGCCUAGGAAGGCUGGGCCAGAAGUCCAGUGUCCUGUUUUUAUGUGACAUGCAGGAGAAGUUCAGACCUAACAUUGUGUUCUUCCCUCAGAUUGUGUCUGUGGCUGCUAGGCUUCUGCAGGCUGGGAAAAUUUUAGACAUACCAGUUAUAGUGACUGAACAAUACCCUAAAGGACUUGGCCCCACCGUACCAGAGCUGGGAGCUGAUGGCAUCAAGAAAUACUCCAAGACCUGCUUCACUAUGCUGAUCCCAGAAGUGGAGAAGGAACUCCAGUCCUUUCCUGAGCGACGUUCUGUUAUCCUCUGCGGCAUUGAGACACAGGCCUGCAUUACGAGUACCACAUUGGAUCUCCUAGAAAAAGGUUUUGAUGUCCAUGUUGUAGCUGAUGCUUGCUCAUCUCGCAGCCAGGUGGACCGUCUUGUGGCUCUUUCCCGCAUUAAGCAAAGUGGAGCUUUUCUAACAACAAGUGAAGGGGUGAUCUUACAGUUACUGCAGGACUCUUCCCAUCCCAAAUUUAAACAGGUUCAGAAACUCAUCAUAGAGCCGGCUCCUGACAGCGGCCUCUUGUCUUUCUUUUAGAAUAAAAUCUUCCCUUUACAUAAGGCCCUGAGGAGCAACACAAAGCUUUGAUUUCAAAACACUGACAUGAAUGUAAAAUAUACUGUAUGCAAGUUACAAUCAUUUUAAUAAAUGGUAAUAUAUUUUAUCAUAAA